CGAUAAGCCAACAUCAGAAACCACCCAUAAUGUCAGAAAUCACUAAGACAGACCCCUCCAAAUUCUUGAGCGACAUCAUUGGCAACUCCGUGGUUGUCAAAUUACACAACGGCAUCCAAUACUCCGGCAACUUGCAGAGCAUAGACGGUUUCAUGAAUAUUGUGUUGGAUGAUGGAAAAGAGUUGGUUGGCAACGAAGUAGGCAAGAACUUCGGUGAUGUUUUCAUCAGAGGAAACAAUGGUACGUAAAACGGAGAUACACGGUGGGAAACAAUGGAGGAAGCCUGUUGGCUUUGGAUAGAGGUAGCGAGUGGUACUGGUGGUCAAAAUAUGGGCAGUAUGUGAGGAAAUGGACAAAUAUGGAAAAGAAAAGACAGAAAUGGAACAAUAAGAUUCAACCAUGUGUUUGCAUGCCCAUAAAUGGAGCUAGCGGAUGAACGAAGGCCUGUACAUGUGGAAUUGGCCAGUGCAGCAAUAGUACCACAACAUGUUCGACCGAGCGGCAAAUAUGGAGCUAACCCGUCCGCCGUCUGUUUUCUAGCGCAUCCUCGUGCGUUG